UUGAGGGACCUACUCUCAGUAACAACAGGGGAAGGACGGAAGGAAGAUGGAAGAUGUGCUAAAGCCUCCUCAAAUCUCUGCUUUUAUCGUGUUCUUCCUCCUCCUCUUCUUCCUCUACUCCCCCUCCUACGUCUUCAGUUGGUUAUUCUGCUGUCUUAGCUUUACUUCGCUCAUACUUUUAAACUAACCCCGUGAUAAACAACCUCUCUGGCCGACUGUAAAGAAAGCAAGUCAGCCGCUCCAAUGGGAAAGGAAGCGACAGCCACGUGACAGCGGUUCAGUCAGCUGACUCCAGAGCAGGAAGUUGGAGGGGGGCGCGUCCCAUUAAUUAUUUUACUCGCCUCGAUUCCUUCCCUUCCAUCGGUCCUUUCCAUGGGGGUGAAAAGUGGCAUCAAACGAAGAGGUGGAGCCUAAGCCUGUGCCUAAGAUAGAUGCACACAGGCAGCCACAAGGAGCCAUGGCAGAAACAAGCCUGGGUGUUUUUGGCAUUGUGAAGACAAUCCUACAAAGUGCAGCAGCAGGUUUGGCUUUUGGAGAAGCUGCGUUAUUUGCAGUUGAGCCCUCACUAACUAAAGAUGGCGCCCUGCUGACUGCUGCGACUCUGGCUGCUGGGCGAGCCGGUUCCACAGGCGUCGGGGUGGUGACGGCAUGCCUCGUGUUCACCUCAGUGCUCAUUUCUCUGGGAUGUGGUUUCCUCCUCGCUGCCAUGGUGAUGAAGCUGCUGACCAACGUUGGAGUGAGGUUGCCGUGGUUAGUGGAGGCCACAACAGGAGCCUCUGUUGUGGUGGGCGCCGUCACUACAGGAGUGUUAGCAGGCAUCCUUCCACCAUGGAUCUACAUCGCAGCCCAAGGCAUUUUGGUCCUUGUAGUCUACUCUUACUCCAAUAUUAAUGACAUGACCACAGCUCUGUUAAUCAUCUUCACCACUCUGUACCUCAGUGUCCUGUACGGCAGAAUGGGUGUCAUGGUUGGACUCUUCGUCGUGGGAUUGACCAUCUCUGUGCUUUGUGCCCUACGAAAGGCUCUGACAGAGAGGAUGACACAAAGAACAAAAUCUAAAACCGGGUGCAAACUUUUAGAGAGGAUAUUCUUCUACUCUGUUUUUGUGGGGAUACUGGGAUUUUCAGUAGGUUUGGGUGCAGGUGAAGCAGGAGAAGGGUCUGAAGCAGAGGUGGUUUUGAUGCUGCAGUCAGUCCUCUGGGUGGCGUUUCUGUCUGCAGGGCUGCUAGGUGCUGGCCUGGGAACUGUGGCCAUGGUCGGGCUGGGGCCAGAGGUGGCUGGAAAGAUCGCUGUGGGAGCUGCUAUAAUAUCAUCAGUUUCCCUGAGAGCCAUUCUGCAAUCAAGCUCUUCUCUGGGGACCCGAAGCAGCAUAGGGGGAACUUUAGGAGCUGCUACAGCUGCAGGGGUGUCACUUGGAGCUGCAAGUGUUGCAGCAAAACAGGCGUUCGGGUCUAGAAACUCAACUUUAGCAACUUUAGGUUCAGUUGUUGUUGGUGCAAUUCUGGCAAUGCAAGGUGUAGCACUGAAAGUGACUCUCCUGACAACAUCAGAACUUCUCACAAUCACCCUUGUUGCAGUGGGGGCAUUUGUUCUUGGUGCACCAAAGAGCCCGUUCCACACUCAGGUGAAUCUACAAAGAGGCCUUCUCUCGGGGCCAGAGCUAAUUAAAGGAAUCGGCAUGGAGACAGUCACCGCAGCAGCAGCACCUAUCGGAGCCGGGGCACUCGGGGCUGCAGCAUUGGGUACUGCAGCCCUGGGGAGACUGGGGACUGUGGGAGUUCUGGUGGCUAUAUUGUUGGCGUUGGGAAGUGCUCUUAGUGGCAUGAUAGGAAAAUCACCGCCGACAACAAGCGCACACAGAGAGUGAUUGAAGCCUGGGUUUAGGUAUCUGUCUCUGCAUGCCUGAAUACAAGGCCAGACACUAAGAAAAGAGUGCAUACAGUAUUUGUGCAUGUUAACUAUAUUGACAUUAUUGCACGUCUACACUGUAUAUACAAGUUAUAACACCUUUCAAAUUUAACUUAUUUGAAUCUGAUUUUUAAAUUCAAAAAGCGCAUUUGCUUAUUGAUCAAACCUGACAAUUGUCACAAACAUGUUUUACUGUGGCUACCAGUGUUGAAUAAAAAAGAUGAUAAAAAGUUA